GUGUCAGUGGCUCAGUGGUGUCACCUCACUUGCUUGUGUCGACAUCUAACGUUAGCUAUGUGUUAUUUAAUGUAAUGACAUUUACAUGACCAUACUUUUUACACGCUAUAUCCAGUUGUCUGUUUCCAGACAGAUCUCCAGUCCCUGCGUUUACAGAGCUCCCCCUCCCCUCGGCCCCCCUUUUAACACCACCCUGAUGAAGACAGCGCGGGAAGCAGACCUGGAAGAGGAGCCUCCACAGGAGAAUGGGGUUAUCCAGACCACCAAGGACCAGCACAGCUCCAUCUCUCCGCCAGGCUCAACAGUGUCUGGGGCCCCGGACGACGAGCACUUCUCUACAUACUUUGAGGAGAAGGUGCCAAUCCCAGAGGAUGUCACCCAGAUGUUCAGUUUCCGUAAACUCUGGGCCUUUACGGGUCCUGGUUUCUUGAUGAGCAUCGCCUAUCUGGACCCAGGGAACAUCGAGUCUGAUCUACAGUCUGGAGCUAAAGCUGGCUUUAAGCUCCUGUGGGUAUUGUUAGGGGCCACCAUCAUCGGCCUCCUCUUGCAGAGGUUGGCUGCACGCCUGGGGGUUGUCACAGGGAUGCACCUAGCAGAGGUCUGCAACCGCCAGUACCCUACUGUUCCUCGUAUUAUCCUGUGGCUGAUGGUGGAGCUGGCCAUCAUUGGCUCAGACAUGCAGGAGGUCAUUGGUUGUGCCAUUGCCUUCAACCUCCUCUCUGUUGGCAGGAUUCCACUUUGGGGAGGUGUCCUCAUCACCAUCAUUGACACCUUUGUGUUCCUCUUUCUAGAUAAAUAUGGCCUGAGAAAACUUGAAGCCUUCUUUGGGUUUCUCAUCACAAUCAUGGCUGUAAGCUUUGGGUAUGAGUAUGUGAUGGUGCGUCCGGACCAGGGGGAGCUGCUCAAGGGGAUGUUUCUGCCGUACUGUGAGGGCUGUGGUCCUGCCCAGAUGGAGCAGGCUGUGGGCAUCGUAGGAGCCGUCAUCAUGCCCCACAACAUCUACCUGCACUCAGCUCUCGUCAAGUCUCGGUCAAUAGAUCGUGGGAACAAGAAGGAGGUGAAGGAGGCCAACAAAUACUACUUCAUCGAGUCGACUAUCGCUCUCUUCAUCUCCUUCCUCAUCAACGUCUUCGUUGUAGCAGUGUUUGCCGAGGCCUUCUACGAGAAAACCAACAUUGAAGUGAAUGCAAUGUGCAAUGCAUCAGACAGUCCACACACAGACCUCUUCCCCCUGGACAACAGCAGGCUACAGGUGGACAUCUACAAGGGGGGGGUGGUGCUGGGUUGUUUCUUUGGCCCUGUAGCCCUCUACAUCUGGGCCAUCGGGAUCCUUGCUGCGGGACAGAGCUCCACCAUGACUGGCACUUACUCUGGCCAGUUUGUCAUGGAGGGUUUCUUGAAUCUGCGUUGGUCACGUUUUGCACGGGUUCUUCUCACACGCUCCAUCGCCAUCUUCCCCACCCUGCUGGUGGCCAUCUUCCAGGACGUGCAGCACCUGACGGGCAUGAACGACUUCCUCAACGUGCUGCAGAGCAUGCAGCUGCCGUUUGCUCUGAUCCCCAUCCUGACCUUCACCAGUCUGACAUCCAUCAUGAAUGACUUCGCUAAUGGACUGGUGUGGAAGAUAGGCGGAGGGGUGGUCAUCCUGGUGGUCUGUGCCAUCAACAUGCACUUUGUGGUGGUGUACGUGACCAGCCUAAGCAGUGUGGCUCUCUAUGUGCUGGCGGGCUUGCUUUGUAUAGCGUACCUAUGCUUUGUGGGCUACCUGGUGUGGCAUUGUCUGAUAGCCCUGGGGUUCUCCUGUCUGGAUGUGUCCUGUCUGGCCAGCAGGAUGCUGACGGGCCACAAUGACGUUUACCUGCUGAAGGACAUGGACAUGGACAGUGACACGAUGGUGGAGAGAUUAGAAGAAGAACACGUUGGAGGAGUGGUUAUUAACAGUGAUACAGUCCGUAGCUAGAGAGAAUUCACAGGGGUGACCUAACAUGGAGGAUGCAGUGUGCCUACUGUGCCUUAGUGCCAGCCAGACCUUCGUAAGUGCCCAUCCUCAUCAUCUGACCCUUACAAGAAGCCUUGAACCCCUCACUUGACAUUCCACUAGGCAGGUAGCCUAACUAUGAUUGGCAUUAUAUGAAGUUUAGGCCUAUGAUCAAGUUUACCCCAAUGAGUUGUUGGUUUUUAUCAUGUCGAGCAUGCUUGAUCAACGUGGCACUAUAAAAAUUCUGCAAAUGAGCCAGCUUUUUCAUGACUUUGAAAAGCUGUGAUCAUUUUAUAUGGGAAAUACACUGUGUGUAGUGAGUUUGUUACAAAAAAGGCAAUUGCCACCAAUUUAGAUGCAUGUACGUUGUAGAAUUUUUUAUUUAUGAACACACAGAGAAUUUAAUUUUCGUAAGACUUUAUCAGAGCAAGCACUUAAAGGGCCAAUUCACAGUUGCUACAUCCAUUUUUGAGCGUAUAAAUUAAUGAUAUACACUGAGUAUACAAAAUAUUAGAAAGACCUCCCCACAACCCCCGUUGCCCUCAGAACAGACUCAAUUUGUCAGGGCAUGGACAGGAAUGCUGUUACAUGUUGACUUCAAUGCUUCCCACAGUUGUCAAGUUGGCUAAAUGUCCUUUGGUUUGUGGACCAUUCUUGAUACAUACGGGAAACCGUUGAGCGUGAAAACCCAGCAGCACUGCAGUUCUUGACAGGAACCGGUACUACCAUAUCCCGUUCAAAGGCACUUAAAUCUUUUGUCUUGCGCAUUCACCAUCUGAAUGGCACAGAUACAAAAUCCAUGUCUCAAUUAUCUCAAG